AUGGAGAAUACCACUCCCAUUGCAGUACCCCCUAUUGCCAUGUUCGUUCCAUCAGUGUCAACUACUGUUGAUCCUGCAGUUGAAUCUACAGUCGAGACUAAUAUGUCUAAUCCCUGUCGUGACAUUGUCCUUUACCAAUCAGAGGUUGGUGGUUCUGCUCACCAUUCGAGUCCUGUGUCGACUCCGUCCCCGCCUUCAUGGCCAAUCAUCCAGAAACCUCAUAUGUUUCAAGGUAAGGCUCCUCCACUGUCUAAAAAGGCUUGUCCUUCUCUGUCGUCACCCCCUCUGUCUGUGUCAAAACGAGUCACUCGUUCAUCGUCGAGUCUACAGCCUCAAUCCAAACCCGUAGGACCUCCUCGUCCACCAUCUAAGGUGUCUAUUCCUUCCCAAACCAGUGAAAGGGUUCAGCUAAAACGAAGGUCCUCACGUGAUACCACGUAUCAACCACCUAAAAGGAAAUCCAAGACCAAACCCAUUCGAGUCCCAUCUAUAGACUCCUCUCCCAAACAGUCGUCUAAAGGCUCCAAAAAAUCAAAAUGUCCAAAAGUCCCCAUAGCAUCUAUUGACCCAACAACUGUUCAAUGCUUUGUUGAUGCCUCCAAAGCCUCGGUUUACCAACGAUGGUUUGGUAGUCGUGAUCUUUGGUUCGAACAAGUAGUCAUGUUAGAUGAUUUCCCUAAAUUGCAUGAGUUUUUAAAAAUUAGGAAAUGGGUAAACACAGUCACCAACUUGUCUGCACCUCAUCCCAUUUUAGUUCAAGAAUUCUAUGCCAAUCUAGAUAGGACUGUUAUUGCUGAGGGGCAUCUAGGGUGUGUGAGUGCAUUUGUUAGGGGUAAUCGUGUUCCAUUCGGUCCAUCCACCAUUGCAUGCAUGUUGAAAGUUGAGUCCAUCAGGAAUCCAACAUAUGGGAAACAAUACAAUCCAGAUCAAACUGUGAUGGGUAGAGUGCUAACUGGAAGGGAUGAUUAUCUGUGGGAUAAACAGGAAAUUUUAGCCACUCAUGUUCUUCAUCGGGUGGCAUUGUACAAUUGGUUCCCUAACUCUCAUUUGUCAUCAGUUACACUUGAGAUUGGCAAGUUUCUGUAUGAUGUAGGAACUCAUGUGUCCAUUGAUCUGCCAUCUCUCAUAUUUGAAUGGAUCCUUGAAGCUUCAGAAACUACUGACACUCGUAACAAGCUACCCUUUCCAAGCCUUGUUCAACGAGUUCUUAUGGCUGCUCACCCGCCUCUUACAACGCAUGACUAUGAAGUUCAAAAUCCCCAUGCUAAGGUUUUCUCCACUUAUGACAGAAAUGGUCUUAACGUGGGGGACCUUGUUACAACGGAGAACUGUCGGAAGGCCAACCUCACCUCGGGAAGCCAAUCUGUGGACGACUUCAACCUCUCCAAGGUCCUCUUCCCAAACAUUCGUACCCCGGACGCUAAAAAGGCACUUUGGGCGGACAUCAUUGCCUCGGCGGAGGACCGGUACCAGAAGUACCUCUUUAGGAGGGAACAAGAGUUAGACUAUAUCAAGGCUCAGGUUGCUGCUGGAAGGACCCUCUAG